AUGGCAUCACGAGGUCCCCGUGGUUGGCGCGGCGCCGGUGGAAGAGGAGGGCAUGGGUCUUCCGCUCGCGGAGGGCCAGCUUCGCGGGGCCGGCGCAUCUGCCAGCACUUCCUGAGCGGGCGAUGCAACUUCGGGUCUUCGUGCAAGUUUUCCCACGAGUCACAAGGCAUACCCCGCGAUGAGACGCCAUCUUCGGGCGCGAUGGCAGCCGGAAGGUUGCAAACCCGAGAGGACUAUUCCGACUUCCGAAGCAGCAUCCGCCGACACAACAACGCAUCCCAGUUCAGUCUUUCCUGGCAGGCGUGCGCAGAGACAUGGGAACUGGCGGCUAAGGUCCUGGGCGGCAGCAACAGAGAGUGGCAGCAAGCUGUCGCACGGGACUUGGCGGACGACGAGCUUGGUGGUCUUUCCUUUGUGGCGCGGACCGUCCGGCUGUGCACCUCGCUUCCAAGCGAUGAGAACUGCCUCGGCGUCGCGCGAUCUUUUUUCCAAGCCAUCACCCACUCUUCGUUCCUCCGGUGCCUGUCCAUUGACAGCUUCGUGGGGACGAUCUACCGUGUGAUCGGCGGCAGCAACGGGGAUCAAGGCAUCGCCUUCUUCGGCAACUUGAACAAGCGGCUGAUUCCAACAACACAAGCUUCGUCGACGUUCCUCGCUCUCAUGGUGUUGACGCUGUACGAGCUUCUCCGCCGAGAACGGAAGUGUCUGCUAAAUGACGACCUGACCGCGUUGCUGGGAGCACUUGACGACAAGGCCACGCAGAUCAGAGAGGGAAACACCGGCGAUCUUGGUGUUGCAGCGAGCCUUGACACUGCGCGAGCACAUAUUGACAUGAUUCGGCGGAUGGCAGAUGCGGCGCGCGGCUGCCUGGCUAACGACGAUCCAGCGGACAUCACCGCUCCCAGGUCGGCCAGUAACAUUCUGUCGACUUUUCCCAUGGAAGUGAUCGUCCCCGGCGGCAAGCACGAUAAUGACUUUGCAGACAUCACCACGAUCCAGAUAUUUCCGACCUUCGGGGAGAUCACAAGCGAGGUCUCGGACUACCUGCCCGUGACCGACUUCACACAGCCCCAUUUUCUCGCGGACCCUGUGCAGCGCCACCUGGAUUCUGCCUUUCGCCUCCUGCGCCACGACAUCUUUGGACCCCUCAAGGAGGUCAUCGGGUUCGUUCUGGCCCAGCCAGAUGUCCCCCACGCAGCAUCAUUGAGCCGGUUUAUCGGCGGUAACAUUCGAGCCCACAGUUACUCCAGGGCCAGGAUCCAGCACGUCUUCAUCGAUCGUGGACUGGAGGCGAUCGUCUCGUUCAGCGAGCCGCCGCAGCUUCGCAAGCAUUCUCUAGGUGACCGCCGGCGCUGGUGGCAGCAGUCCUCCCGGCUCGAACCCGGCAGUCUCAUCUGCUGGGUCUCGGCACGAGGGGACGAAAAGUCGUUCUUGUUGUUUGUUGUCAGCCAAAAGAACACCGAAGAUGUUCCGGAAGGGAAGAACGAAAGUACCCUCGUUUCAGAGCACUUCAAUCCCUCUGUGACCGUACGGCUGGCGUCUGAGUCCCUGCCCAACCUCUCCGUUCUCAGUCAGUUGUAUGUCCGGAAGCAGGAAGGCUUGCUGAUCCAACUUCCCGGCCUUAUCCCCGAGACCUUUGUGCCCAUCCUCGAGAAUUUGCAACAGAUGAUGCGCGAUGGGAACCUGGCAUUUCGCCAAUGGAUUCUGCCGGGUCCCAGCGGUGGCCAGGCGUCUACGCAGGUACCUGCACCUGCCUACGCUCGUCGAGCCGGGUUUAGAUUCCGGCUCAACUCAAUCAUUCGGACGCCGGGCGAUGCGGACCUCUGUCUCGACCCGACAAAUCCCAACGACAGCGUUAGUCCCGAGGCGCUUGAAACCGCCACGGGGCUCGACCGUGGGCAGGCGGAAGGCCUGAUCGCAGGCUUGAGCUGCGAGUACGCGCUCAUCCAAGGCCCGCCGGGGACUGGAAAGUCCUACCUCGGUGUCCAGCUGGUGAGGGUCCUACUGGACCACAAAGCUGAAGCAGACCUUGGUCCCAUUCUCGUUAUUUGUUACACCAACCAUGCACUAGACCAGUUCCUGAAACACCUGAUGCAGGUUGGCAUCGACAAGAUCAUUCGAAUCGGUGGUCAGAGUCGAUCUGAGGAGCUCGACGGGAAGAACCUGAAGGUGGUGAGCAGAGAUGCCCCGAAGACCAGAUUAGAGAACCAGAUUCUCGCCCAGGGCUACUCGGAGUCAAAAAAGUGCUUGGAGACUGCAGGGAACCGCCUGAAGCCCCUCCACCAGGUUCGCAAAGCCCAUCCCAGCUGGAACAGUCUCCAAACGUUUUUGCGGCGACGUCUUCCGCGCAUCGCGGUCCAGUUUGAAGCCCGGGACAGCAAAGAGUUCAUAGUAGUUGGCCGUGAUCCGCUCAAACGCUGGGUCCUGGCCGAGAGCUGGGUUGAUCAAUUGGUCCAGGAACAAACCGACGGAAUCUUCGAGCUCCUCGACGGGGCCAAACGAUGCCGCGAGAACCUCCGUGACGUCCACGACGAUGUGAGCCGGCGAACGCUCCUUCAGGCCGAUGUUGUGGGCGUGACCACGACCGGGCUGGCUCGCAACAUCAAGAUGCUGCGCCGUCUUGGGUCCAAGGUCAUCAUCUGCGAGGAGGCAGCCGAGGUGAUGGAGCCGCACCUCAUCUCCGCCUUGAUGCCGGGGGUUGAGCACUUCAUCCAGAUCGGCGACCACAAACAGCUUCGCCCGCAAAUCCAGAACUACCUCCAGUUCAGCCUGGAGACACCGGCCGGUCGUGCUUAUCAACUCGACCGCAGUCAGUUCGAGCGCCGAGCCGUGGGUGAGCCGGGCCUGCCGCCGUUGCCAGUCGCGCAACUCAAGGUCCAGCGGCGCAUGCGGCCUGAGAUUUCCCAACUUAUCAGGAGGGUGUAUCCCAAUCUCGAGGACCACGGUUGCGUCAAGGACCUUCCAUCCGUCAUCGGAAUGCGCGACAACCUCUUCUGGCUCGAUCACAGCCAUCCCGAGGACGGCAAAGAAGAUGACGCCCACUUGAAGUCGCAUAGCAACCCCUGGGAGGUGGCGAUGUCGGUCGCUCUCGUGCGCCAUCUCGUUCGGCAAGGAGAAUACAAUAGCACGGACAUUGCCCUCCUCACGCCGUACACCGGGCAGCUUCAAAAGCUUCGUGCCGCUCUGAGCCAGGAUUUCGAGGUCUUCCUCAGCGACCGUGACAUGGAGAAACUCGCCAUGGAGGGCUUCGAGGCCGAUCUGGGGGAGGAAGCGAAACCAGCCUCUGGACCAGCGAAGGCAGUUGAGAAGAAGCAGCUCUUGAAAACAAUCCGGCUAGCCACCGUCGACAACUUCCAAGGCGAAGAGGCCAAGGUCAUUGUUGUUUCUCUUGUCCGCAGCAACAGCAACUGCAAGGUCGGCUUCCUCCGCACGGAGAAUCGCAUCAACGUGCUUCUCAGCCGCGCGCAGCACGGCAUGUACCUGAUCGGAAACGCGAAGACGUACCAGAAUGUGCCAAUGUGGGCCGAGGUUCUCCAGCAGCUGAUCGAGAGGAAUGCGGUUGGCACGUCGAUUGCCUUGACCUGUCCCCGACACCCGGAGACACCGAUCCUCUGCUCCGAGCCCGGGGACUUCGCGGCCAAGAGUCCCGAAGGUGGCUGCUCAUUGAUCUGCGACCAGCGUCUCGAACCUUGCGGCCACCGAUGCCCGGCACCGUGCCACUCCCGCCGGCUCCACGAGGCGUUUGAUUGUCUGCAGCCCUGUCCUCGGCUGCGCUCGACCUGUCAACAUCCAUGCCGAAGGCUCUGCGGCCAGGAGUGUGGGCCGUGCAUGGUCAAAGUCGACGGGGUCAAGCUGCCCUGCGGUCACGUCCAGGACAAGGUGGCCUGCCACCGCACGCUUGAUCUAGCGUCGAUCAAGUGCUCUCGCAAUGUGGAGAAGGAGGUUCCGGGGUGUGGACACUUGGUGAUAGUUCCUUGCUACAAGGACGUGACAUCGGAACUGUUCUCUUGUCCGACGAAAUGCACCGAGGUCCUCAAAUGUGGCCACCAGUGCCCUGGUGCAUGUGGACAGUGCCGAACGAAGAAUGACAGCGGCACCGUCAAGUUCACUCACCGGAAGUGCAACAAGAUCUGCGACCGCCCCUUUGGCACCUGCAAUCACCGCUGUUCGAGGACAUGCCAUGAUAGAGAGGCUUGUGGGACUUGCACAGAGAGAUGCGAGGUCCGCUGCCCUCAUUCUCGCUGCAGCCAAGCAUGCCGGAAACCCUGCGCUCCGUGCAUCGAAAAAUGCACCUGGUUCUGUGAGCACCGCGGGUCUUGCUCGAUGCCAUGCGCAGCUCCUUGCGACCGACUUCCGUGUGACAAACGCUGCACCAAAACACUGAAAUGCGGCCACCAGUGUCCGAGUUUCUGCGGGGAGGAGUGUCCUCAGGAUCUGUGCCAAGUGUGCUGCACUCGCAAGGACGCGCGUGUGGACUUGAUGGAGUUCAAGACAUACGGCGAGAUUGAUCUUGACGAGACGCCCAUCGCGGUCCUCGGCUGCGGCCACUUCUUCACCGGCGAGACGUUGGACGGCCAUGUGGGCAUGGGUAAUGUCUACACUUCCGAUAGGUCCGGCCGCUACAAUGGCCUCCAGGAGCUUUCCGGGGCGCUGACGGCCAUCCCGGCGUGCCCGGACUGCCGGGUGCCCAUCCGCCAAUUCGCUACGCGACGGUACAACCGGGUCGUCAACAAGGCCGUUCUGGACGAGACGUCGAAGCGGUUGCUCCUCGCGGGACGUCAUCGGCUGGAUGAGCUCGAGAGGCGGGUGACUGACAUCGAAAAGGAGCUUUCCGAGUCCAGAGACGCGGUCAUCACUGCGCACCCGGACAGGCGCGACCCAACACCCGGCCGGUACAAGGAUGCCAUAUCGCUGAUGAAAGAAACGGCCAAGCUGCGGCGGGAGAUGGACACCGAGCAUCAACCAACCAAAAAACUGCUCGACGCGAUCAAGACCUUCCAGCGACUUGCACGCGAGCGAACUUCCCUGGAUCAGAAUCUGCAAGCCCUCAACCUGUCGGGCGCCAACAACACCUCCGUCGCGGGCUCUGCCAUCCUGCAGCCCGUUUACGACCAACAAAUCACUCUCGGCGCCCACCGCCUCGAGCUCCGCAUCUGGGAAGCCGUUCUCCGCGACAGCUUCACCCUCCUUUCCAAGCGCAGCGGCCCGCUCGUCACCCCCGACAUCCCGGGCGGCCCGCUGGACCAACAGUCCGCCAGCUUCCUGAAGCAAUGCAAAGUCCUCAUCUACCGCGCAACCGAAGCGAAGCUUCCCCGACUAGUCAUCCAAACCGCGCUCUCCUUCGCGCGCAUCGCCCAGCUCGACGGAUGGUACCGGCGCGCCACCUCCACUGCCGCCGCCGCCGCCGCAGCCGUGGCCAACCCCACCGCGCCCCCUCCCGCCAAUCCCCCAGCGAAACAAGCAGGCAACAGCAGCAGCAGCGGGAGCAGCAGCGACGAGCCCGCCGACACCACCGACACAGCGCGCAAGCUCCUCGCCGCCGCGCUGGACCUGUGCGCGUCCCUCCCGGGCAGCGACGGCGAGGCGUACCGCGCCGAGAUGGAGGAGACGAUGCGGCUGUUCGACGGCCCGCGGUACGAGACGGUCUCGCCGGAGGAGAUCGCCGCCAUCAAGAGCGCCAUGGUGGCGGGGCCGGCGGGGAUGGCGACGCACGCCGGGCAUUGGUAUACCUGUCGGAACGGGCAUUCGUUUGCCAUCGGGGAGUGUGGCAUGCCGAUGGAGAGGGCGCGGUGCCCUGAGUGCGGCGAGGUUAUUGGUGGGGAGGACCACAUGCUGGCAGAGGGCGUGCAGAGGGAUCUGCGGAUGGAGAUGGCUUAG